AUGGUUUACGGAGAAUUGAUGGAAAAAGCAGAUUCUUUAGGAGAACUAAUCCGAAAAUUAGAAGGUCAAGUAGCUGAGAUAGCAACUGCAAUAAAGAGAGAUGCUGGAUGUCUUCCCGGAAGGACUGAUCUAAACCUAAGACGUCAAGGCAGUGCCGUAAUGCUGCGCAGCGAGAAAAACCUCGCAGCAGACACGAGGAAUAAUUCAGAUGUUGGAAAACCUGACGAUGCCGAUGAGACCGGGAAAAGCAACUCUCAUCCUGUUUUUCUUGACGAACUAGACCCAAAUCCAUCUCAAGACAACCGGAAAACCACCACUGAAAAAGCUAAGGAAAAGGCAAUAGACUUAGAACUAGAAGAAGAUACGGAGAUUGAGGAUGAGAUCGAUCGACAGUACAGAACUGACGUCGAUCGACCCAAAACAUCCACCAUCGAUCAACAACCGGAGAAACCCAUCGAUCGACGGUUUACUCAACCCAAACCCAUAAUUGAAAGAGUCUAUAGAACUUUACCCCCUUUUCCCCCUAAAACGCAAACUAAGAAAUCAUUAGAGAACGCAAUCUGCAAGAAAGCCUUAGAUAGGAUUUCUGUCGAGAUGUCUCUUAGCGAUGCUAUAAAAAUAGCACCUUCAAUUAAGAAGCAUAUAAAAGAUAUGACAUCUCCAAACUAUCCAAUCGCAGAACACAGCGUGAUGAUGAUUUCAGAAGAAGUAAGUGCUAUGAUUAAAGGAGAAACUCCAACAAAGAGAUCCGAUCAUGGUAGUUUCGUCCUAGAUUGUAAAAUAGAAAACACGCAUUUCCCUAGAUCACUAUGUGACCUCAGCUCUAGCGUGAACCUUAUGCCUUACUCUGUUGCUGUGACGUUAGGAUACAGAGAGUUUAUGCCAACUCCGAUCACCCUGGUUUUAGCUGAUAGAUCUAUUAGGGUACCCGAAGGAAUUCUCGAAGAUGUUCCCAUAAAGAUUAACGAUUGCAUCGUGCCUACGGAUUUUGUUGUGUUGAAAUACAGACAAGAACCCAUCAUUGACGUCAAGGAAGGACGAAUUAAUUUGAACAUAGGAGAUAUCUCGAUGACUUUUGAUAUGGAAAAACUGAUUAAGCGACUUCUAAUAGAUGACUAG